AUGCGCCUUCCCGUCGCCUUUGAUGCCGGGUCGGGCGUCGGGCUGGAGGCAGUGUCGGGCAUGGACCCCCGCCUGACCGCUGCCCUGCGCGACCAGGGCAUCGAGGAGCUGUUCCCGGUGCAGGCCACGGUGUGGCGCGAGACCGCGGGCGGGGCCUGCGACCGCCACGACAUCUGCAUCGCCGCGCCCACCGGCUCCGGCAAGACCCUGGCGUACGCGCUGCCCCUGGUGUCGGCGCUGGCGGCGCGCCCCGCCCGCGCCCUGCGCGGCCUCGUGGUGCUCCCCACCCGCGACCUGGCCGGCCAGGUGUUUGGCGUGCUGGCCCCGCUCUGCGCCGCCCUGGGCCUGGGCCUGGGCCUGGCCGCGGGGCGGGCCGGCGGCGCGGCCGAGGCGGCCAUGCUAGCCUCCUGCGCGCCGGACGUGCUGGUGGCCACGCCAGGGCGGCUGGCGGGGCACGUGGGCGCGACCCCGGGCUUUGGUCUGGGUGCGCUGCGCUUCCUGGUCGUGGACGAGUGCGACCGCCUGCUGCGCCAGUCAUACCAGGGCUGGCUGGCCGCGACCCUGGGCACGGGGGCCGCGCGUCGUGUGGUCAAGGUCGUGGCCUCGGCCACGCUGACCAAGGACCCCGCCAAGCUGCUCAAGCUGGGCCUGCACGCGCCGCGCUUCCUCGCCAUGGCCACUGAGGCCCAGCGCUACUCGCUCCCCCCCAGCCUGAAGGAGUUCCGGCACGUGGUGUCGGCGGAGCGCAAGCCCGAGGCGCUGGCGGCCCUGCUGCGCGCGCUGGGCCCUGAUGCGCCCACCAUCGUCUUCACCUCCUCCCUGGAGACCACCGCACGCCUGCAGCGCCUGCUGGCCGCGCUGGGCGAGGGGGUGACACGCGGGCACAGCGUGGAGUACUCGGGCGCGCUGGGCCCCGACCGGCGCCGGCUGGCGCUGGAGGCCUUCUCCGCACGCCGGGCGCGGAUCCUGGUCUGUUCCGACGCGCUGACGCGCGGGAUGGACGUGGCGGGGGUGGCCGCCGUGGUCAACUAUGACGCGCCCGUGUAUGCCAAAACCUACGAGGUUCGCCACUUCCGGGCCAUGCUGCGCAAGGCCGAGGGGUCGCGCGUCGCAGACCUGGCCCUGGACCGCCUGGCCCUGGCGGAGGUGGCGCCCGCCGUGGAGGCCGCUCUCCGACGACUCCAGGCCGGGGAGGACGUGGCGCCCGACGGCCGGGAGGCCGGCCAGGCGGCGGCCUGCGCGAAGGCCGCGCGCCCGCAGAAGCGACGCAGGUUUGCCACGCUGCCGACGCUGGUGCCCACGCCCCAGGGUAUCGCGGUCGCGUGA